AAGUCGAACAUUGGCCGGAUUGAGGGUCGAGUGACUGUUGGCAAACCUGUCUUCAGCACGGACAUAAUGGGCAACAAAACGGUGGAAGUACGACCAGUGGGUGCUUGGGUACAGCCGGAGGCAGACAUGACGGGAUAUGAGCAUCAUCAUGGAGUGGUAUUGGCCAGACAAGAAGAAAACCGUUUAUGUCAUAUUCAGAAAGAGAAAGAGGAGCGGCUGAGAAAAUUUCAGGAGGAAGUAAAACGUCGUGUGAAAGUGUUGGAUCAAGCUAAGAAACGGAAAAUGAUUGAAAAGAGUGUGAAGGAGAUUGAGAUGGAGAGAAAUGUUGUGAGGCAGAGUGCUUUUGGCAAAGGACGAUCAUCUCCAAGGAAAGACAGCUGCACUUUACGCAAACACAAUAACUUGACACUCCAGCCACCCCACAAAGGUGCUGACAGGGUGGCUGGUUGCCAUAGGCCUGACCCUGGGUUCACAGACCAGUCACAGAAGGCAGUUGUAGUGGCUAAACAAGCUCGAAAGAACUUGGUGUCUCGACAAGUUAUAACAGAGGACUUCACAGAUGGAAAUACUUUGUACAAAAACUUUAAUACAGAACCUGUUGCCCAUUCAGAGCGUGACAGGAGGGAUGACAAAGGAAGACAUGACACUGACGCUGACAGAUUGUCAGGUGUGUGUGAGGAGCUGGAUCAGGUACGUCUGGGGCAGAGACCAGGUGACAGUGAUGUAAGGGGUGAUAAACAAGGACACAGCCCACACUCCACACGUUCUUCAUGCGAUCGGAAAACAAGGCUUAAGUCAGGGAAGUUGAUCAACUCCAAGGUGCCGGAGAUCUAUGAUGGAGUGGUGACCCAGGACGAGAAGAGACGCAAACAGGUGCAGCAUGCGAUGUACAGACGACUCUUCAUGGACAUCGAGAGAGAACAGGUGAAGGAAAACCUGCGACGGAAGGAACAUCGCAAGCGAAUUGCCAGGCUGAAGGAGGAGAAGGAGGAGUGUAGGAGAGAGGAGGAGGCUGAAGCACGCCACCUGGUGGAGCCACGUGAUCCUGUCACCGGGGAAACAGAGGAGGAGACGUUAGACCGGGAACGGAUGGAACAGGUGCAGCUAAGCAGGGAGAUGAAGCAACGACAGGCACGGCUGCAGAAGGUCCGGGAGAUGGAGAGGUAUCUUGACGCCCUUAAAUACCGGUUACGGGAGCGGAUAAAGGAUCGUGAGAUUGAGCUGCCUGCGUUAUGUUGUUGUGGAAACACCUUAUGGGACACCAAUCCAGACACCUGCGCCAACAACUGUGUCUUCUAUAAAAAUCCUAAAGGUUACGGCCGAGCUCUACAGUCUCUCCUCUCAUCCUUUGAUGUUCUCUAACACCUGCUACAUGUAUGGAGCUAUAUAAGGGACAUUUGAAGUAUCAUCGUUUUUGGACACUUGCUUUGUAUAAAUCAGUUUUCACUUUAUUUAAAAUACUAUAUUUUAAUAGAAUAUUUUCCAUGACCCAAACACUAUGAUUUCAAAUGUAGUAACAAGGAAUUAUCUGACACCUAUCAGACUUAUCUGUUAAACUGUUAAUAUUUGUGGAAACAUUUUCUUUGGGUCUUAAAAAUCUUAAAUAUGAUAAGUUGUAAAAGAGAGUGAAAAAUAUGGCAUUUUUUUAAGGUACUCAAAUAUCUGUUUAACAGCUUCAUAUAAAUGGAUGAGGAUGAGAGAUGUACAAUGGGAAGAAAUGUGAACUCCAUGCAACACACUGAACUAAAGAAAUAAGGCAGACUUUAUUUGAGGUCACUUGAUUGUGACAUCACAGUUGUCUGAUGUGUCCAGACAUUAUGUAAAGAUGACGUAUAAAAAAAAAAUAACAUAUUAAUGGUGAACAAAAAUGAAAUAUAUGCACCAAAAGGGUAUAAAGAGCAAGAAUUUUUUUGAGAAUAUAUUGCUAAUGAAAAUGAUCAUAUUCUAGUAAUCAAAAAUUUGAUGAAGAAAGUUUGUUUGGGGUAAUGUCUUUAUCUAUUCCCUCACAUCUAUUACAAUGACACUAGAGGUAAGACUUGUGGGACUCAUCCCAACUGAACCUUCUACAAACUUGUGUGUGAAAAGAAUGCAUGUAGUAUGUUAUGUUGAAUGUGUUGCAUGUAUGCUGUUUGAUGAUUGUAUAAAAGUGUAUAAUUUAUAUGGAUGGUCCUUUCAAACUUUUUCUUCAUUUAACUCUGCUUGACAUAGCCUAGGCUACUGGGGGAGAGUUAUCAGCUAUGUGAAGUCAUGAGCAUUAAGAUGUUAUCAUAAGGUGACUGUCACUAUGCUGACCUACAUCCUCACCAAGAUGAAUCAAAAAAAGAUGUUUUGUAGAGAAUUUGUACACGUAUGUUUGUCAUACCAUGUUAUAUAAACGUCCUAAAGUUUACGUGUGUUAUAUAACGUAU